AGCGGCCUGGAUGUCGGGGAGGAGCCGGGCCACCGGGGGUGGGGGGUCCCCGUCCCUCACUGAGCCUCUCCCUCUCUUUCCCUGACAGCCCCCCGGCGCCCAGGCGGAGCAUGAACAUUGAGGAUGGCGCGUGCCCGCGGCUCCCCGUACCCCCCACUGCCGCCCAGUAGGAUGUCCUGGCCCCAUGGGGCCCUGCUCUUCCUCUGGCUCUUCUCCCCACCCCUGGGGGCCGGCGGGGGCGGCGUGGCUGUGACAUCGGCCGCCGGAGGGGGCUCCCCGCCGGCCACCUCCUGCCCCGCGGCCUGCUCCUGCAGCAACCAGGCCAGCCGGGUGAUAUGCACGAGGAGGGAGCUGGCCGAGGUCCCGGCCAGCAUCCCCGUCAACACGCGGUACCUGAACCUGCAGGAGAAUGGCAUCCAGGUGAUCCGGACGGACACGUUCAAGCACCUGCGGCACCUGGAGAUCCUGCAGCUGAGUAAGAACCUGGUGCGCAAGAUCGAGGUGGGCGCCUUCAACGGGCUGCCCAGCCUCAACACCCUGGAGCUGUUCGACAACCGGCUGACGACAGUGCCCACGCAGGCCUUCGAGUACCUGUCCAAGCUGCGGGAGCUCUGGCUGCGGAACAACCCCAUCGAGAGCAUCCCGUCGUACGCCUUCAACCGCGUGCCCUCGCUGCGCCGCCUCGACCUGGGCGAGCUCAAGCGGCUGGAGUACAUCUCCGAGGCGGCCUUCGAGGGCCUGGUGAACCUGCGCUACCUCAACCUGGGCAUGUGCAACCUCAAGGACAUCCCCAACCUGACGGCCCUGGUGCGCCUGGAGGAGCUGGAGCUGUCGGGCAACCGGCUGGACCUGAUCCGCCCGGGCUCCUUCCAGGGCCUGACCAGCCUGCGCAAACUCUGGCUGAUGCACGCCCAGGUGGCCACCAUCGAGCGCAACGCCUUCGACGACCUCAAGUCGCUGGAGGAGCUCAACCUGUCCCACAACAACCUGAUGUCGCUGCCCCACGACCUCUUCACGCCCCUGCACCGCCUCGAGCGUGUCCACCUGAACCACAACCCCUGGCACUGCAACUGCGACGUGCUCUGGCUGAGCUGGUGGCUCAAGGAGACGGUGCCCAGCAACACGACGUGCUGCGCGCGCUGCCACGCGCCCGCCGGCCUCAAGGGGCGCUACAUCGGCGAGCUGGACCAGUCGCACUUCACCUGCUACGCGCCCGUCAUCGUGGAGCCGCCCACCGACCUCAACGUCACCGAGGGCAUGGCCGCCGAGCUCAAGUGCCGCACGGGCACGUCCAUGACCUCCGUCAACUGGCUGACGCCCAACGGCACCCUCAUGACCCACGGCUCCUACCGCGUGCGCAUCUCCGUCCUGCACGACGGCACGCUCAACUUCACCAACGUCACCGUGCAGGACACGGGCCAGUACACCUGCAUGGUGACGAACUCGGCCGGCAACACCACCGCCUCGGCCACGCUCAACGUCUCGGCCGUGGACCCCGUGGCGGCUGGAGGCGCCGGGGGCGGCCCCGGGGGCGGCCCUGGGGGCGGGGGCGGCGGCGGGGGCAGCGGCGGCUACACCUACUUCACCACGGUGACGGUGGAGACCCUGGAAACGCAGCCCGGAGAGGAGGCCCUGCAGCCGCGGGGGACCGAGAAGGAGCCGCCGGGGCCCACGACGGACGGCGUGUGGGGCGGGGGCCGGCCGGGGGAGGCGGCCGGCCCGGCCUCGUCGUCCACCACGGCGCCCGCCCCGCGCUCCUCGCGCCCCACGGAGAAGGCGUUCACGGUGCCCAUAACGGACGUGACGGAGAACGCCCUCAAGGACCUGGACGACGUCAUGAAGACCACCAAGAUCAUCAUCGGCUGCUUCGUGGCCAUCACGUUCAUGGCCGCCGUGAUGCUCGUGGCCUUCUACAAGCUGCGCAAGCAGCACCAGCUCCACAAGCACCACGGGCCCACGCGCACGGUGGAGAUCAUCAACGUGGAGGACGAGCUGCCCGCCGCCUCCGCCGUGUCCGUGGCCGCCGCCGCCGCCGUGGCCGGCGGGGGCGGCGUGGGCGGGGACAGCCACCUGGCCCUGCCCGCCCUGGAGCGCGACCACAUCAACCACCACCAGUACGUGACGGCCGCCUUCAAGGCGCACUACAGCAGCAACCCCGGGGGCGGGAGCUGCGGGGGCAAGGGCCCGCCCGGCCUCAACUCCAUCCACGAACCUCUGCUCUUCAAGAGCGGCUCCAAGGAGAACGUGCAAGAGACGCAGAUCUGAAGCCUCCGGCCUGCCGGGCAGGGGGGCCCCCCCGGGGCGGGGGUCGGACCGGGACCCUCCCCCCCAGCCCCGGCCCCGCACAGGGGAGGUCGGGGCAGGCAGCUCGGAGCCCCACCCGCGUGCGCACCCCGGGGCAGCUCGCCCCAGCGAGGACACUGCGGAGCUCCGGGAACGGAACCCCCGGGGU